AUGGGCCCUCCCCAAAAACGACGCAAGGUCGCUCAACCCAAAGUGGAGGAGAUCAAUUUCAACACCGAGGACCGCCAGGAAUGGUUGACCGGAUUCCACAAGCGCAAGCUGCAACGCGCAAAACAUGCACAAGAGGCAGCCGAGAAGCGAUACAAAGAAGAGAAAAGGGCCGACAGGAAAAAGCUUCGUGAUGAGCGGCAAGCCGACUUCAAACGGGCAAUGGAGGAACAUGCAAGAGUACUCAAGCAGAUGAAGGAGAACGCCGGAGAAAAGAGUGAAUCAGAGGAUGAAAAUGAGGAAGAAUGGGAUGGGAUUGAAGAACCGCCAGCCGUGGACUACGAAGCCGAAUAUAUCGAUGAGGACAAAUACACCACAGUCACAGUUGAGGAGAUGGAUCCCUCCCGCGAAGGCCUGUUGAAGUCUGUGAGAGGAGAGGAGUCGGACACUGAGGAAAAGAAAGAAUAUCCAGCUGCCGACACAGUGGCCGAUGAGAAGUCCAAGAAGCCAAAGCGAGAGAGAAUAGCCAGGAAGAAGAAGCGCAAUUUCCGUUACGAGAGCAAGGAUGUGCGCAAAGCAACGGCGCGAAAGCAACGCUCUGUCAAAUCGAACAAGGCCAAGGCACGCCGGGGAGCUGAACAAGAAAAAUGA